UUUUACGCAGUUCAUUUCUGUAGAUGGGGACUUGCUGAGCGGUCGCAGGGAGACAGAGAGAAGGUUCCGCUGUGGGGACAGCAGAGAAUUUAAGAAAAAAAAAGGCUUUGUUGGAGUCUGCCCUCUCGAUGCUUGUUGUGAGCUGAGUGUGGUUUUGCCUGUGCACAGGUUGCUGCUUAGAAACCUGUGUCUCUGAGUUCGUGCAUCGAGUCGGCGCUAGUUGCCUUUGUUUGAGUCGGGUGUGUGUGUGUGCGAGAGAGAGACCGUAUUCAACAUGGGGAGCACACUGACCAAACCAAAGCCAGAAGACACCACUGGAGUAGCUGGCAAAUCCAACGGCCAGGAAAAUGGCCACGUGAAGACCAAUGGUGACGUGUCUCCAACUAAAGCCGAUGGAGAAGCGGCUGCAGUUCCAGCGAAUGGACGUGGGGCCACCGAGGGAUUGAAGGAAGCAGCUGAAGGCUCAGGUGAUGCCAUUGAACCAGCACCACCCGCUGAGGGGGAAGCUACUAAAACUGAAACCACUGAGACUCCCAAGAAGAAGAAGAAAAAGACCCUGUCUUUCAAAUCCUUUAAGCUUGGUAAAAUGUCCUUCAAGAAAACCAAGAAACCUGAGGCAGCUGAAAACAGCCCCACUGAAGAUAAAGCCGAAAGCAAAGCAGUAGAAGAGACAAAAGCAAGCAGCAGUGAAGCGAAAGAGAGUGCUGUGGAGGAGGUGAAGGAGGAGAAACCGGCAGAAGCCAGUGCUUCUGAGGGACAAGAAACCAAAGCAAAUAAUGAAGAGUCUCAGACUGAGGAGACAGUCCCUGCAAAGGAGGAACAACAACAGACUUCAGGAGAAGAAGUCAAGCAGGAAGCAACUGAGGAACCUACAAAACCAGCAGAGAGUGAAGAGCCUAGUUCAACACCUGCACCAGCUGAGGAAAAGGAAGAGUAACACUGAAACUGUUUACAAACUUACUCUGUGCCACGUGUUCACAUGAGACCAAUUUGUCCCUUCAAGCAGUCGACCCUAAUCACGGACAUGCACACAGCCCACUUCUUUUGUUGCUAGAUCUGUUCAGCCAACUUUAGUCUUCAAAUUGUCUCAGUAUUAAAGUUUUAUCUUUUUUCACCUUUUGAAUUUUAAAAUGUAUUUUCCUGGGAACAGCUUGGGUGCAAUAAAUAUCCACUUCCCCAGUUUUGGGAUUUUAAAAUUUUAAGUUUACUGAAGAAAUGAGAGGAUGUAACCUGGCCAAUGCUGAAUUCCUUCAAUUGUCUACACGUGGCAUUAAUCCUUUUAGUCACACGAUCUGAGAACAUUGACAUUCUAACUGGACCUGGGUUUGACUGACACUUUUGGAGAAUCCCUUUUCAUCAAUUCAUUAGCAUUUGCAGUCCUGCUUUGUUUCCCAAUUUGAGACAUUUUUGUGCUUUUUAGGAAAACAGCAGUUUUGAUCGAAGCUUCUAGAUUUUUUUUGUAGUUUUACAGUCUGACUACAACACUAUGAAAUUUUAAGUAUACUGUGUUCCCAUUAAUUUUUUUUGAGGGGGAGUGCAAAGAGUUUUAAAUGUGAUGUUUUUUGCUGUUUUUUUUGUCCUGUAAAUAAAACUUUGGCCAAAUUGAUUUGCAAUUUUUUAUUGCUAACUUUUAAGGUGGUAUAACUAUUGUAACAUUAAAAGGGAAAAUAAAUUUCACCUGUGGACUGUUCAAGUGUAAUUCAACUUUCCCUUACUACAAUAAGUUGGAUUUGAGCGACUAUUUGAACGUCUCCCCCAGUCCAAGGCAGUUUACAUGAUGCAUCUUCUAUAACCUGUGAGGGGUGUAGACAUAUUUCAAGAAGGAGGUCAUUCACAAAUAGGGCUUUUGAACGUAGGCCGUUUAUAUUGAUUUUAAGUUGGUCAAAGAUUGGAAAUAGAUUUCCAUGUUUCAUUUGUCACUCUUCAUUGUGGUAAUUGUACAGUUUUAAAAGUAACUAAUAAACAAAAUAGAGGAA